AUGGCCUGCUGUCAUGAAGCCGACUACCUCAACCUGGCAGUCCGGGAUGGUGGCGUUUCUCUCACCAUGGGACUCGGCAAUGGCAAGCAAGAAAUGCACAUUAAACCGGCGAAAACCAGAUUCGAUGACCAUCAGUGGCAUAAGCUGACAGUCCAUAGGAGAGUGCAAGAGAUUACACCACUGACCAGCUUUUGCAGGGUUUCAGCGAUUGUAGACGACGUGUACUCCGAGCAUUCCCACGUGGCUGGAUCCUUCACCAUGCUGGCCAGUUCUAGAGCCCAUGUGGGGGGCUCCCUGAAUGCCAGGGCUCUGCCUGGGGCGAGGGUCCAUACCAACUUCAUUGGCUGCUUGAAGAAGGUGGAGUUCUCAGCGGACACUCUUCGGCUGAACCUCAUUGACCUGGCCAGGACCGGCAGCAAGCUGAUCACGGUCACCGGCCGCCUGGAGUACGCCUGCACCGCCUCGGAUACGGCUGACCCUGUGACCUUCACUACCAGAGACGCACAUUUGAUCCUACCAAAAUGGGAAGCAGUGAAGACUGGGACCAUAUCGUUCAAGUUCAGAACGAACGAACCGAACGGUCUCAUACUCUUCAAUAUGGGCGCUAAACCACCAAGGGUAGGUUGCACGGCCGACCUCUUUGCUGUGGAGAUGCUAAACGGUUACAUCUACGUCCACGUGGACUUGGGAUCUGGAGGAGUGAGGGUCAGAGCCUCCCGGAGGAGAGUGGACGACUCCCAUUGGCACGAGUUUCUGUUGAGGCGCAGCGGGAGAGACGGGAGAGUGACUGUCGAUGGGGCUAAUGCGGAAUUCAAAACUCCUGGGGAGUCAAACCAGCUCGAACUCGACGGGCCUCUCUACGUCGGAGGUCUGGGCUCGGAAUACUCGGCCUCCAGGACUCCUGCGGCACUCUGGACGGCCGCUCUGAGGCAGGGCUUCGUGGGCUGCAUACGAGACCUGGUGCUGAACGGGAAGCCGCAAGACUUGACGGCUUAUGCGAGGCAGCAGGAUUCCGCGUCAGUCCGUCCAGCGUGUCACGUGCUGAUGAAGCAGUGCGUGAGCUCCCCGUGCCAGCACGGCGGCGUGUGUUCGGAGGGCUGGAACCGACCGCUGUGCGACUGCUCUGCUACCAACUACGGGGGACCCACUUGUGGGCGAGGUGGGUGGAAGAUACUGUUUGUGAAACCGCAACAAUCCACCUGA